AUGGAAAACAAAGAUGUGACCCCCGUCGACCCUGGCAGCCCACUAUUCUUGUCCGGCGAUGGUUUCGAGCCGGCCAGUGUUCUCUUUCCUCACGCCGUAUUUCACUUUCCUUCGAAGGAGAAGAAAGAGGCUUGUGACUUUAUGGAUAAGGUCGUCGACAAACAUCGCCGUUUGUGCGAUGAGAGACAGCGGCUAGGUCUUAAAAGGCAAACAUUCGAGGCUCGCAUUGCUCGAGUGGAGAGGAAAGUGAGGGCUUUGGAGAGUGAUCCCUUUCAAUGGGAGUGGAGGAACUUUGAUUCUAUUGCAGAGAUCCCGAAGAUGCUCCAAAUGUAUCUCCGUGCUAAAGGCCAAGUUCCGGGGCCCGUGAAUGCCCCGGUCGAAAUCGAUCCAUCCGACAGCGAAGAGGAGGAGGGCAGCAUCCAUCGAAAACGCGUUCGGAACGAGCCCGAAGUGGGUAGCAAGAACGAGGCAUCCACUUUGGAUGCUAAAUCGGCGAUGGAGGAGCCUGUUCCUGAGCCCCUUCCAUAA